AUGAUUCACAUGCGCUGUCUUAUUGUCACCCAGGAUGCAUCUAUCAUUAUCGGAAAGGGAGGUUCGCACGUUAACGAAAUCAGAGAGAAGAGUGGGGCGCGUGUGAUGGUUUCCGAAAGCAUCCCCGGAAACCCAGAGAGAAUUCUUAAUGUUAGCGGGCCUCUCGAUGCAGUAUCCAAGGCAUUUGGCCUGAUAGUCCGAAGGAUUAACGACGAACCAUUUGACGUACCUUCAGUUCCCGGCAGUCGCGCAGUUACCAUUAAGUUUAUGAUUCCAAAUUCUCGCAUGGGGUCCGUCAUAGGAAAACAAGGAUCCAAGAUAAAAGAGAUCCAAGAUGCUAGUGGUGCUAGAUUGAAUGCCAGUGAAGGAAUGCUUCCAGGCUCGACAGAGCGAGUUUUGAGCGUAGCUGGAGUUGCAGACGCCAUUCAUAUCGCUACCUACUAUAUCGGCAACAUCCUCAUUGAAGCGCAAGAGCGCAUGCCCUCAUCUAGCCACUCCAGCUAUCGACCUUCCAGUAACCCCUCCCGCAGAGCUCCCUAUCAAGGAUCAUCUUAUGUUCCAGGGUAUUCACAACCAUUCGGUAGUGGCCCUCCGCCUCCACAUAAUCCACCCCAACAACUACAGACACAACAGAUUUAUAUUCCCAACGACCUCGUAGGGUGCAUCAUUGGAAAGGGAGGCAGUAAGAUCAAUGAAAUUAGGCAUAUGAGUGCAAGUCAGAUCAAAAUCAUGGAACCGGGCGCGGUUGGCGUAGGCAUGAAUGGGGCACCCGCGCCGACAGGUGGCGAAGGGGAGAGAUUAGUGGUUAUAACAGGCCAGCCUGCGAACAUCCAAAUGGCUGUACAGCUGCUUUAUCAUCGUCUGGAACAGGAAAAACAAAAGCAGCUUCGAGCGCAGUCAUCUUCUUCGUCUUGA